AUGUGGGCAAACAGUUGGAAAAUACACAGGCCAUCCGUCACUGUCGGGAGCCAGCCGGGGGCAGUCGGGCUCUCAAGGAGCUCCGGGAAGGUCCAGCUUGAGCUCUUGGAUCUGUUCAUCCAGUGGGAUUGGUCGACGUAUUUGGCUGACUACGGGCAACCCACGUGCAAGUACCUGCGUGUGAACCCCACGACUGCCCUGGUCCUGCUGGAAAAGAUGAGGGACACGAGCAGGAAAAACAACGUUUUUGCCCAGUUCCGGAAGAACGAGCGGGACAAGCAGAAGCUCAUCGACACCGUGGCCAAGCAGCUCCGCAGCCUCAUCAACAGCCACCACUCCUGAGGGGGCUGGGGGGGACCUUCCUUCCUUCCUUCCUUCCUUCCCAAACCCCCCUGGACUUGGGAUUCUUGUUGAAAGAGAAUAUAUGUAUUUUUUUAUU